GAAGACACUUAGAGGGACUCGACUCUCCUCUUUGUGCGCCCUGCCAUACCUCUCUCUCUCUGCUCUACCUUUUGUCUGUGAAUUCUACCCUGUCAGAGGAAAAUAUGAAUAAGUCUGUGACGAGUUACACCGUGACCUCCAGAGGCGUUGGUGGUGGUGGUGGAGGUGGAGGUGGAGGUAGCUUCCGUAAGUCAAAUAGCUCACAAUCUCUCAGUUCUGCCAUGAUGGGAGGCGGUGGUAGGAUGAGCAGCUCAAGGUUUAGUGUUAGUGGUGGGAAUUUCGGAGGUAGUAGGUCGGGCAGCUCAAUGUUUAGUAUGAAAAGUGGUGGUGGUGGUGGUGGUUUCAGUUAUGGUGGUGGUGGUUUCAGUUAUCUUGGUGGUGGUGGUGGUGGUGGUGGUGGCGGUGGUGGUGGCGGUGGUGGUUUCGGUGGUGGUGCUGGUGGUUUCGGAGGUGGUUUCGGAGGUGGUAUGGGUGCUGGCGGCGGCGGAGGUUUUUGUGCGCCAAUCACAAACGUCCAAGUCAACCAGAGCCUGUUGUCCCCUCUGAACCUUGAGAUCGACCCCAACAUCUCGAAGGUCCGAAGCAAUGAGAAAGAGCAGAUCAAGACCCUCAACAACCGCUUCGCCAGCUUCAUUGACAAGGUGCGCUUCCUGGAGCAGCAGAACAAAAUGCUGGAAACCAAGUGGAGCCUGUUGCAGGAACAGACCACCACCCGCUCCAACAUUGACGCCAUGUUCGAGGCUUACAUUGCAAACCUGCGCAGACAGCUCGACGGUCUCGGCAAUGAGAAGGUCAAGCUGGAGUCAGAGCUGAGGAACAUGCAGGGACUGGUAGAGGACUUUAAGACCAAAUAUGAAGAUGAAAUCAACAAGCGUGCAGCUGUAGAGAAUGACUUUGUGCUCCUCAAGAAGGAUGUCGAUGCGGCCUACAUGAACAAGGUUGAGCUAGAAGCCAAGGUCGAUUCCCUUCAGGAUGAAAUCAACUUCCUCAGAGCUGUCUUUGAGGCGGAACUGAAUGAGCUCCAGGGACAGAUCAAGGACACUUCAGUCGUUGUGGAGAUGAACAACAGCCGUACCCUGGACAUGGAUGCCAUUGUGGCUGAUGUCAAGGCUCAGUAUGACGACAUCGCCAAACGCAACCGUGCUGAGGCAGAGAGUUGGUACCAACAAAAGUUCCAGGAGAUGCAGUCCUCCGCAGGCGCAGCAGGAGAUGACCUUCGCAACACCAAGAGUGAGAUUGCUGAGCUCACACGCAUGAUUAGCCGUCUCCAGAAUGAGAUUGAGUCAGUGAAAGGACAGCGAGCCAACCUUGAGGCCCAGAUUGCUGAGGCCGAGGAGCGUGGAGAGUUGGCAGUCAAGGACGCCAAGGCCCGCAUCGGGGACCUUGAGGAGGCCCUGCAAAGAGCAAAACAGGACAUGGCCCGCCAGGUCCGUGAGUACCAGGAGCUCAUGAACGUCAAGCUGGCUCUGGACAUUGAGAUCGCCACCUACAGGAAGCUGCUGGAGGGAGAGGAGGACAGGAUUGCCACUGGUGGUGGAAGUGCAACCAUCCACGUCCAGACAUCAUCCUCCAGUUCUGGUGGUGGUGGCGGAGGCGGCGGCAUGGGCGGCGGCUAUGGCGGCGGCGGCGGCUAUGGCGGCGGCGGCGGAAUGGGCGGCGGCUAUGGCGGCGGCGGAAUGGGCGGCGGCUAUGGCGGCGGCGGAAUGGGCGGCGGCUUCAGCAGCAGCGGCGGCUUCAGCAGCGGCGGCGGCGGCUUCAGCAGCGGCGGCGGCGGCGGAAUGAGCAGCAGCUCGGUGCAACGGACGUCCAGCUCAAGGCAGUCAUCUCGUUACUAAAUCCAGCUGUUGUCUCUCUCUUCAUUCCUUCAUUUGUUCUCCACCUCUUGUACCUCCAGCCUCUCACAAAGCUUCCAUAACCCU